ACAUAAGUUUCUGCCUUUUAUUUCAUGUAGUCUUCUAUCUGAGAAUCGUGUCUGCUCUCUGACUGUCUAGCUGUUCUCAUCAUUGUCAACGAUGAGUUCUACUGAUGAUGAAAUAGAUGUGUUCAGGAAAAAUGUUUUAAGUAUCAAUCCCACAAGGAUUUCAAGGAAAGGACCAGUAGAACCAGAUUCAGACAGUGAUGAAUCAGAUGAAUCUGACAGUGACAUGUCAGACAACUUGCCAUCGAGUUAUUCACUACCAAAACAAGAACUAGAGGAAUCGCCUACAGAAUCUGAGAGUUCAGAUGGGGACACUCAACAGCGAACAAAGUCAGGGACAAAACCAGUUAUAUCUAAUGCUAAAGACAGAAAUAAUAUUAAUGUUCGCAAAGAAAUUAAAGGAAGGAAACGGAAGUUGAAAAUGAGAGAGGUUGAACCGGGAACAAUCAGAUGAUGAACCUGAAGAAGUGUCCAUGAGUAAAAUGGAAAAGAUAUCUCCAGAAGAUGAAGAGGAAUAUUCUGCAGUAAGAGAAGAAUUGUCACAUAUGUCAUUUGAGGAACUACAGAAGUUGAGAGAUCGCUUGGGAGUAAAGGUGUACAAACAGGUGAUGAGAGGUGAGGGAAAAUCACAUCAUCUUUCCACGUCCAAGAAGAGUUUCACAAGAGAAAAUAAAAAUAGACCAGCAGAAGCGUCAUCCAAGAAACCAGUGUCCAUUUACAGAGAAGUAAUUUCAGUCAAAAAGAAGGUUACAAGGGACCCGAGGUUUGAUGACUUAUCAGGGAAAUACAACGAAGCCAUCUUCAAGAGUUCAUAUGCAUUUCUUGAUGAUGUGAAGCAAAGGGAAAAGGAGAAACUGGCAAAACAGCUGAAGAAGACAAAGAAUGAUCAGAAGAAAAAGGAGUUACAGUACUUGAUAAACAGAAUGGAACAGCAGGCAUCUGCAGACAAACAGAAGCAGAAGAGGAAAGAGCUGGAGAAGGACUGGAAGAAGAAAGAACUUGGUCGUGUGGUGGAGGGCAAGAACCCAUACUUCCUUAAGAAAGGUGACUUGCGGAAGCUGGAGUUGGCUGAGAGAUUUAAGGAACUGAAGAAGACUGGUAAACUUGACAAAUAUAUGGGGAAAAAGAGGAAGAAGAAUGCCAGCAAGGAGAAGAAGAAACUUCCAGACUAGGCCAUCAAGCAAUGGACUGUGGUUUUGUUGUACCAUAUGAAAUAUGUACCAGAGCUACAUAACAAUGUAUGUGGAUAAGACAUUUGUUCAUGUUCAGAAAUAAAGAUGUGUUAUA